AGGCCGUAUGUUUGCCCUUACGACGGCUGCGGUAAAGGCUUCACCAGAGACUUCCACCGCGCUCGACACAUUCUUACGCACACCGGGGAAAAGCCGUUCGAGUGCACAGCUGAUGGCUGCAAUGAGAAAUUCCGAACAAAAUCAAACUUAAAGAAGCACAUUGAGCGCAAGCAUCAGAAUCAGAAAAGGCAAUAUGUGUGCGACUUUGAAGGCUGUAACAAGUCUUUCAGGAAGCAUCAACAACUUAAAGUUCAUCAGUGUUACCACACCAAUGACCCUCCCUUCAAAUGUAAUAAUGAAGGAUGUGGAAAGUGCUUUUCUACCCCAAGUCAUCUAAAGCGGCACGAAAAGAUACAUGAAGGCUAUGCAUGCAAGAAAGAAAACUGCUCAUAUACUGGAAAAACUUGGUCAGAGCUUCUGAAACAUAAUAAAGAAAGUCAUGCAGACACAAUUGUUUGCAGUGAGUGUAACAAAAUUCUUAAAAGGAAAGAUUACCUCAAGCAGCAUCAAAAAAUACAUGCUGCCGAGAGGGAGGUCUGCAGAUGCCCAAAAGAAGGAUGUGGGAGAACUUAUACAACUGUAUUUAACCUUCAAAGCCACAUUCUCUCUUUUCAUGAGGAGAAAAAGCCUUUCUCUUGUGAUUAUCCAGGCUGUGGAAGAACAUUUGCGAUGAAGCAGAGCCUAGCAAGGCAUGCAGUUGUACACGAUCCUGAGAAGAAAAAGCUCAACCUGAAACGUUCUCAUCCUAAGAGGAGCUUAGCCUCUCGUCUGAGUGGCUACAUUCCUCCUAAAACACAGCCAGGGAAGGAUGCUGUUGUGACACAAAGCAAGACAAUGGAUAAGCCCACGGAAAGUGAAAUACCAACUGUUGAAAUUCUGACUCUGCAGUAA